GCCAAACCUUUUUCCAAAGUGAUCCAGCUCUCAACCCAAGAUACAGUGAAACAGCAGCACCCCCUGGUGGUGAAAACCCAAACUACGGGGGAGUCUCUCUACCUGCUCAAGUAACAAAAAUCACAAAAGUUAAAUAAGAAACAGAUUUGGUCCAAUCAAAACAUUUUUAAAUCCACCAGAAAUUACAAUUCCCAAAGCCCCGCCCCUUCAUGUUUGAUAUUGAAAUCCCCAAAUGUCCUCCAUAGAUACUACAAGGAGUUUGUGCGGUAGAAGGCCGUGGUUGUGAGAUAUUUAGAUGAAGAAACGUCUUCUAUAUCGUCUGCAUUGCUGGUAGUCAUGGAGGUUUGAAGGACACUGACAGGAGACCGUCCUGAGAAACCCUCUGGUUUGGACCCAAACGUGUCCCUGACCUGUCAGAGGCGUCAGUUCUCCGUCUUCAGGAACUCUGGAGUUAUUUAGGUCUUUAUGGACCUGAGCCCACUUCUUCAUAUCUGAGGCGUCACGGUCGGACGCUGGAGAUAUAUUGUAAUCGUAUUUCACUCGGGGGUGUUUGUUCGACCCCUCUGACUCUGCUCGUGAAGGUGGAUGGGUGUCAGCUGGGGGGGUCAGGUUACCAUACUGUACACGGCAUGCCAGAACAUCAGCCCAGCAGAGGCUCCCGAACGUAAAGGCCCCCCAUAAAUACCACCACGUGCCCCCGGGUGUCGGGUUCUGCUGCUGCCAGCUCAGCACCAUGUCAGCUGCUGGUCCACAAAGCCCCCACCGCCCCCACCAGCACCACCCAAAGGUCUUCUGAUGAGAUCCAGAACCUGAACGGAUCGGUGAGGCACCUGCUGUGGGUCCAGCUGAACCUGAGUGGUUGAAGAUUACCCGGUGUCCUUGAAGGCGGCGUCUGGAGAGAUUUUAGAGCUCCGUGUAAACCACGACCGCGGUUAUUUAAGCACCUCCACCGCAGAGGAACCUGCAGACCACCUCCUCGUUCUCCCUUCACCUCCUCUGAACUCCUCACUAUUGGACUUCAUGUUGUCGUGGUGGGCUGUGGCGGCAGUGCUGUGUCUUCCCUGUGGACUAUCCUACCAUGCUCUAAGGAUCUUGAGGAUUGGGGAGCGCGGCCAGUCCCUCGUCCUGCCCUGUGACGGAUCCGCCUUCAGGGACCAGGAGGGAAUGGUGCGGUGGGAGCAGGUCGAAGAGACGGUGGUGUUACUGAGGGGAGGAGAGACCAGCGUUGCAGAAUCCUUGAGGGGUCGGGUCCAGCUUCCUUCAGAGGAGCAGAUAAAGGAGGGGAACUGGUCUCUGGUCAUCAACUCCAUAACGCCCAGCGAUGAAGAUGUGUACCUCUGCAUCUUCAACACCUCCACCCUCGUAUCAUCGGUAUGGGUCAGGGUCUUAGAAAACGAGGCAACAGUUGCUGAUCCAUCCAUGAAACCGCUGAGGAUCAUUGAUGGGUCUGGAGGUGGAACCACCGACCUUCCUUUUUCCACGGAAGUGUCCACUCUGACAAUGACGGGGACCACUGACGAGCUGACGACCUCGAUAGAUUCCCAGUCAGUAGGGACCACUGAAGAAUCAACGACCACUGAAGAAUCAACGACCACUGAAGAAUCAACGACCACGGAUGAAUCAACGACCUUGACAGAGUCCCUAUCCGUAGGGACUACUGAUGUGUCGACGUCCGUAACAGAUAUCCAGUCAGUCGGGACCACCGAUGAAUCAACAUCUUUGCUAGGCUUCCGGUGGAUUGGCACCACUGACAAGUCAACACCCUUUUCAGAUUUAGAGGACCCCAAGAGCACUACAGACCCUCCCCUACUGGAAAACUUCCCCUGGGUUCGGGUUGGCCUCAUUGGGGGCGUGCUGCUGGUCACAUCCUUGGUCAUGGGUCUUCUCGGAGCCUUACGGCAAAUUUAGACUCAUCGGAUACUUUUUUGUGUUCCUUCAUUUUCGAGUUUAGGGACUUGAGUUACUGCAGAGAUGAAGCUGUGAGCACAGACUCCAGACUCUCUUCAGUUCCAUGUUUGGAGCAGAUGUGCUGCCUGAGAUUUUUGUCCGGUUCUGAUGACAGAAAACUUUGAUGUGUCCAUAAGUUGUCAUAAUUCUACUCGUGUAAAUGGAAGUUGCCAGAAUUGACUAUAUAGGUAGGUCCUCCACCGUCCACUUACUCAGUUGCUUUUUGGGGUACCAUUGACUUUUGAUUGAAUACAUCUGUAUAUUUAUUAAAAAUGAUUGUCCCAAAGACGAGGAAGUGGGAGUGGGGUCAAACCGACACACUCACAUUGGGAUACAACAGUGAGUUGACCUCAAAGCCUUUGGUUCUUACAUGGUGGAGAAGUGUCUGUGUCAAAAUCUGAGACUCAUUGUUUGUGAAACUAUGUUUGUGUCUUUUUUCAAUCUGUAUUUGUCAAUAAAGAUCACA